CCUGGGGAGAUUUUCUGGGCACGUCCAACUGGAAGGAGACCCAAGGGAUGACCCAGGACAUGCUGGAGGGAUUAUGUCUCUCACCUGGCCAGUGAAGGCCUUUGCCCUCCCCCGGAGGAGCUAGCCCAAGUGGCUGGGGAGAGAGAAGUCUGGGCCUCUCGGCUUAGGCUGCUGCCUCCGCAACCCAACUCUGGAUAAGUGGUUGAAAAUGGAUGGAUGGAUGGAUGGAAUUCUUGCCUGAGUUCAUUAAUGGCCAAAGAGUUGCAGCCAUUGUUCAUAACUGUCUGGACUGUCUUAACCAACUAGCAUGUUGCAAGAGGCAGGAGGCGAUCAGUAGUCUGGCCUCACCUAAUGACUCUUAAUAUUUUUCCAUAUUAAAAUGUACUUUGCCAAAAGAUUGAUAUGGAAGUCAUCUUGUGAAGAUGUUGGAUUAUCAAAGAAUGUUUGUGGAAAAAAAAGAAGUUAGGAGUGUAUCUGAUGUACUUGGAAGCAUUGGUAAAAGCCUUGUAAAUUUGUUCUGUUUCAUAAAUUCGAAACACUUUGCUUAACAUUAUUUUAUUAUAGUGAUGAUGUUGCUGUUCUGAACUGUGAUCCUGUUAAUACACAUUCUUGUCAACAGUACUCAUGAAAGAAUAAAUUUGCACACAUACAGAGUGUUGGUUCAUUGUUUAUUCAUUUCACCUAAUUUAUUCUGCAGCACACCUGGUUAGAGUUACACAUGUGAAAGUGACACCUGCAUGCUGGAUCACAUGACCCGUUGUAGGCUACAGGUUCUCUGAUAAUCUAUGGUCUCACCAACAUCACUGUUCACCAUUCAAACCUAUUUUCCAGAAUCAGUUGUUGCUAAAGGAGCUGUUUGAUGUUGGUCUAUCAUGACUGUGAAGCAUUUUUCUGUGGACUAUGACAGGGUCAACGGACAAGGCACCUACUCUCCUGGGGACCUUCUUUCCGGAAAAGUGACAGUGGUGACCAGUAAGGAGAUCAAAGUGCAGAAGUUGUUGGUCAGGGCUAAAGGGAAAGCCAAGGUAACUUGGAACCAACAGGAAGGACAGACCACAGUGGUCCACAGCAACAAAAAGAAAUAUUUUUAUUUCGAGCAUAUUAUUAUUCAGGAUAAGAACAAAGGAGAUGGUUCUGAAAUCAUGGCCUCUGGGACAAACGUGUAUCGUUUCAGCUUUGUGAUUCCAAACAGAGACAUGCCUUCAUCCUACAAAGGUGAGUGGGGUGAGAUCAGAUACAGUUUGCGGGCUACUCUGGCUCAGUCAAUCUGGCUUGUACACAAAAACAAGACAGAGUUCCCCUUUCUGACCAAGGCUGAGUUUCCUUUUGCCUCCAAAUCAGAAAUGAUACUCAUUGGACUCAAGGAGCAACAGUCUGCAACCAGGAUUUCAUUUUGCGGCUCUGGAAAAGUCACAAUGAAUGUGACCUCUGAAAAAAUGGGCUUAAAACAAGGUGAGGCAAUGGGAGUCACUGCGGAAGUACUCAACGGCUCAGCACGCUCAGUAAUGCCCAAAUUCUACCUGUGUGAGAAGCAGACCUUCGUGGCUCAGUCGGAGAAGAGGGUUCACACAAAGGACAUCUUGUUCGGGACAGGAGGCACUGUUCCAGCUGAGAGCAGCUGCAGCAUAACCAAAGUUUUGAGUAUCCCCUCAGAUCUCCCCCCUACUUUCUUCAACUGCAGCAUGAUGAAGCUCGAGUAUAGAAUCAAGGUCAUGCUUGAUGUGCCUCUGGCCAGAAACCAAGAAGUCAAACUCCCUCUUGUCAUUCUGAAGGGUUCACCCAAACCUCAUCAACAAAAACCAAAGAGGUCCAUCUGGUUUAGAAAACUUCCUGCUUGAAUGGAUGUGAAUGAAUCAUUCAUUAGUUCGUGUGUCAUCUCUACAUUCAUAAGAUAUGAUAUUUUAGGUUCAAAGGCCUAUCAGUGUUGUGUUCACAUGACCACUAGAGGGAGACUUGAGCAACAAUGAAAUGCUUAGAGCUAAAUUAAUUAGAACAUUUCUGUUCUGUAAAAUGUCUUUUUGACAGAGACUCCGUUUUUAAUUUUCUAUUCUAAAACAGAAAGACCGAUCAUAUAAAGAAUAAAGUCUCAGCUUGAAUACAAAUAAAUAUGUUGAGACACAACAGGAAAUCACUUUUAUAAUCAAAAUGGGUUUAAGUCUAAUUAAAUGUGAUCAUGGAGGUGAAGUUGGCCUUGCAGUAAAACACUUACAGGUUCAACACCUGAAGGCAGCUUUUCUGAGUGAGGCUAGCACGUUCUCCUCAUGCAUGUGUGGAUUUUCUCUGAGUGAUCUGGUCAUGGGCUAGAAACAUGUUGGGUUAACUGGCAACUUUUUACUGUGUGCAUAAAUGUUUGUUGUCUCAUAUGUCUUAUCCUUGUGAUGGAGUAUGUCCAGGGUGUCCCCUGGCUCUGACCCAAUGACUGCUGAAGAUAGGCACCAGCAUGAGCUCUUCUGGAAGAAAUGAGUA